AGAACAAGGGACAACUCCAUGCCUCGUCUCUCUUCUCUCGCCUAACAACACUACCCACACGCCUUUCAUCAUCCUUUCUCUACUCCCUUCUUUUAUUUAUCUUCUUACCGCCAUAGCUCUAGCUUGCUUGCAACAGAGGCUCUAAAGUUAACCUUAAGGUUUUAUUAGGUUUUUUGUUUGUUGGAAAAGAAAGAAACGAUGAAUCAGUGGGCGGUCCAGCCAAACGAUCAGAUUGUUGUUGUUUGCCCAAAACCACGUCGUAUUGCUAUCCGUAACCCUUCCCUUUACCACCAUCCCGCUCGUUCUCUCCGUUGUUACUUCAGCCAUCAACAAGUGGAGGUCUGUGAAUCCGAGGCAGAGACUGAUAUCUUAGAUAUCAUACUCACAAAGGAUGGUUAUGGUGCGGAACAAGUUCAUCACACGAAGAUACUAGACUCGCCGUCCCCGUUUUUAUGUGGGUCGCCGCCGAGCAGAGUCGCUAACCCUUUAACACAGGAUGCUCGUUUCAGAGAUGAGCUCUCACUGGUCUCCUCACCGAUGCCGACUCCGCUGGGCCAACCUCAGUCCUCCUCAGGGAGGAAUGGAGGAUGUGUUAGAGGCAAUUUUGGUAACAGCCCAGCGGUUAGGAUAGAAGGGUUCGAUUGUCUCGACAGGGACAGUAGAAACUGCAGCAUCCCUGCCUUGGCAUGAGAACCCAACCUUAAAAAACACCACCAUACUCUGUUGAAUUAGCUCAAAAAACCCAUUAGUGUCUCGUGUGUAUAUAUAACGAGUUAAGGGUCUGGAAAAUUGAAUUCGUUGAAAAUCUUUGAGGGAAGCUGAGAGAGUAAACGAGAGAUCGAUCCUUUUGGAGUUCUUAAAGAGUGUAAAUAGGUGCAAUUUUCUGGGCUGAGUUUGUAGUAAUAAUGGUCAUUUUGUAAAAAUAGUAUUAAGGCAGAAAAACAGUUGUUGAGGAGAGAAUAAAAAGAUUAUUAGGUUUUUGGAGAAAUAUUAAUAUUAGGUUAUUGUGUAAAUAGAGAGAUAGAGACAGAAAAGAAGUCUUCUUUUGUUUUUCUUUUGGUUGAGUUUGUUUAGGAAGAAUAUGAGAAAAAAGAAUUUGUACAAAAGGAAAGAAAUUCAAAUGAUACUGUAUUUUACUUUGAAA